AAAAAGCAGACAGCAAAUUUGGUAACGUUCGUGAGUCUUGAAGGAAAAACGCAUUCCUUAGAAAAGAAUCAUAAAAUUACUUCAUGGAGAAUAAAUGGAAAGAUAUUAAAAUAAAUAGUGCAGAUUAUAUAUUAUCCGUUUCCCAUAGCAAAAAUGUAUGGAAAAUAUUAUUAUCCAAUCUCGUUGAAGUAUGGAUGGAAACUAUAACGAAAGAUGUUGCUUUACUACGAUGUCAGUCGUUGAAUUUGAUGCUGGAUUCAGAGUCGUUUGACAUUAAAGAAACUCUUGACACCAUGCUGAACGAUAUACCCAAAUACGCAGUCGACGUAUCCGUAGACGAGAUCAAACUUGUAACUUGCAUAGAUGAUGUUCCAUUCAAAUUUGAUGUAAAAUUGACGAAAGGAAAUUCUCAGCAGUUUUGGAAUGAAAUUACAAAACCGUUGUGUCAAUCUGUGAUGGAAUUACAACGUAAACACAAUAUUGUUGUAGAUUUGAUUAAAAGAAAAGAUGAAGAGCUUGCGGAGUAUAAAUUGAGCGGCGCUCAAUUAAUUAGAAAAAAUAUUGAAACACCGCCAUACAGUGUGGAUAUAUUUGAGAAUAAGAUUUCUGUACAUAAAACACAAUCAAAUGAAUGCUUAGAAGCAUUUAAAUCCAUGAUGAACGUUCAUAAUGAAUUGGAAAAAUGUGAUUCUUCAUUGAAUGAUAGUCACAACUCUUCGCAACAAGAGCCAAGCAGUACGAAUUCUGUUCAACCUAACAUCAAGACAGAAGUUGAAAGCAUGGAAAUACCUGAACAAAAUGUCGAUGAACCAAGACCAAGCAGUUCCAGAACUAAUAUGCGAAUCAGAAAGGAUUGGCAAAAACGACCUAUGACAAAUGGUGUAGUAAACAUCUCGCUGGCUUCUGUUAAAAAACCAAGUAAAAAAUCUGCAAUCGUUAAGAAAACGCCAAAUAUUCAUGACUUUAUUGCUUAGUCGUUAUACGUUUUUGAAGAAGCGCGAACGGUAUUUUGUUCUUUGAUAAAAAAAAAUUAUUAGUCGUUCACUAAAUUUUGUAAAUAUUAUUCAAGUUCCACGAUGGAAGAAAUAUGCGCUAGUAUUUAUACAAUCUUUACACUGAAUAGUGUACAUCUUAGGAAUUAUACAUUUGUAAAUAAAUAAGUGUUACUAGUUAUUUAAGUAUUCAAAUUGUGACUGCUGUCAGUAUUGUAUGGCUGAAGAUUCGGUCGAUCAAGUAAACCUAACGAGUGAGUGAAACUGAUCGUGAGUUACGACGUUAAAUAUCAAGGGCGGUUCAUUUUUUAUUGCUAGCUAAAAUUACCCGACUUUAUCCUCAUCGAUAGCUGUAGAUCGUGUUUUAUUUACUUCUUAUAAACUUACCGUGUUGGCCCGAAUAUAAGUCGACACCCAAUUUUUGAAUGCUGAUUCAGGACGUUCUUUUUUAAUUCCGAAUAUAAGUCGAAUUUCAGAAUACUUUAGCUUUUGCUUCAUUUUACGCGAAUCGCGUACAUUUUUCUCCGGUAUACCGUACUUCAACGGAUCUCGGCGAUUGUCGGUGUUUUCGGCUUCGCGCACAACUAUUAGUUUAAAGUUCGCAUCGUAACUGUGACGAACGUUUUUGUGCACUUGAUUUGUCUUUAAAACCCUUCACUCCAUUCUAUUUUCACUCCAAACAUUCAUUUUCUCAAUUAUUGCAUGCACGAAACAUCUGAUAAACAAUUUGCUUCUUCCAACUUCAGACUGAUGCUUAGAAAAAAUUGAACUUCGAAUAUUCGAUUCUCGAGAUUAGGCGCGCACGCGCAGUGCACGAAUAUUGCGUUGCGAGAAUACUACAAUUAUCGGUCGAUAACGGAAUUUCCAGUUGAUAAUGCAAAUCCCCUAAAAAGUCCCGAAUAUAAGUCGAUUACGGUUUUUAAGGGUAAAGUCGCUUACCAAAAACCUCGACUUAUAUUCGGGCUAACACGGUAUUAACGC